CAACUUUGUAGUUGUUUGCAGACGACUCACAGUCUCAAAGUCUUUCUUUAGGAUAGUAAACGAAACACGUGGUUUUUCCAAACUUGAAGUCGAGACGCUAUUUCCACUAAUUUAAACCUAAACAACAUUUAAAAUGCCUAAAACUAAGCGAUUCCAAAAAAUUUCAUUGACACAAACUAAGAAGAAGGGUCUUGGUGGAAAACAGCAAUUGGUUGAGGACAUUAGAUCUUGUGUUGAGAAAUAUUCUUAUUUGUACCUCUUCUCAGUUCAAAAUAUGAGGAGUAACAAACUGAAAUCUAUUCGCAAUGAGUGGAAAGACAGCAGGUUCUUCCUCGGUAAAAACAGAGUGAUUGCUAUUGCAUUAGGUAGAACUAAAGAGUCUGAAAGCAGAGAGAACCUUCAUGAAGUCUCUAAAAGACUUAAAGGGCAGUGUGGAAUUGUCUUCACAGAUAAACCAAAAUCUGAAGUCAUCAGAUACUUCCAAAAGCAUGUAGAAUCAGAUUAUGCCAGGUCUGGUAAUGUUGCUACCGAAACUGUCACACUCCAACCCGGUCCUUUAGAGCAGUUCCCUUUCAACAUGGAGCCAUACCUGAGACAACUAGGUCUCCCCACAUCUCUUCAAAGAGGUGUUGUCACAUUGCUGAAAGAACACACAGUUUGCAAAGAGGGAAGCAUUCUUACUCCUGAAGAAGCCAGACUUUUGAAACUGCUUUGCAAACACAUGGCGGAAUUCAGAGUGACCAUUGAAGCCGUUUGGGAAAAGGAAGAUGGCGCUUUCGAAGAUAUCGGAAACGGACGUAUGUUGGAGAAAGAAGAUGACGAAUCUGCCGACGAUGAGAAUAUGGAAUGAAUUUUCCCAUAACAUUUUUUUUUUUUCUGAAUGAUAAACUGUAUUGGUGUAUCAACGAGGGACAUAGUCGUUAUACAAGUGACUAAUGUUUACCUAUGGUCAUCCCUAUGUACAUCGUCUUGUCCUUGAAUAAGAAAAAGAAACAAGAUGCUCUUACAUUUCAGACGAAUGAAAUGUACACGACAAAAUUACACGGUUUCAUUUCA